AUGGAGGGGGAUGAGGAUACCGUGAUGGGCGAGUCAAGGUCUCUGACCAGCUUGGCCCCAUCCAGCCUGGCAAACCAUGCAGCUACAUCGGUAGAUGGCCCGUCUACGACUGCUCUUCAGCCAUCAUCUGUUCUGGGUUUGCAGCCGCCAGCUGCGCCAGUGCUGUCGCCGCCUGGCCUCUCAUCAGAUUAUAAUUCAGCACCUUUAUUGACAAGUUCUUAUACGCCAGAUCUCCACGGACUGACUCGGUCCAUUGAAGAUGAGGCGUUAAACGCGGUCAAGUCUAGCGAAGAGUCUGAUAGUCUCAUGGAGGAGAAUUCCGACUGGUCUGCCGACGACCCAGCAACGUCUUCCGGCCUGACUACUGCCAAUUUGGCUACUGGUCUUUGCUACGACAUUCGCAUGCGCUAUCAUUGCGAGGUGCGCCCCACGGCUGAUGUCCACCCUGAGGAUCCCAGGCGCAUCUAUUAUAUCUACAAGGAGAUAUGCCUUGCCGGCCUCGUUGAAGAUCCAGAGCUUCCAAACUCUAUCAAACCCCUCGCUCCGCGUCCUUUGCAGCGCAUCGACGUUCGAGAUGCCACCGAGGAAGAGGUUCAGUUGGUUCAUACGGAUGAACAUUUUAAAUUUGUCGAGAAUACACGCCACAUGCCGGAUGAGACCUUGAUUCUGCUAGAGGAAUCUCGAGACUCGAUUUACUUUAACCAGCUUACAUUUGCUUCGGCGCUGCUCUCGGCCGGCGGAGCGAUUGAGACUUGCCUGGCGGUUGCGACGCGCAAGGUCAAAAAUGCCAUUGCAGUCAUUCGACCGCCAGGGCACCAUGCCGAGCGUGACAAGACCAUGGGAUUUUGUCUGUUCAAUAACGUGUCAAUUGCCGCCAAAGUGUGUCAGCGACAGCUUGGCGAGUCGUGUCGGAAGAUUUUGAUUGUUGACUGGGAUGUUCAUCAUGGAAACGGCAUCCAAAAAGCGUUUUACGACGAUCCCAAUGUGCUCUAUGUAUCGAUGCAUGUGUAUGCCGAUGGUAAUUUCUACCCUGGAGGUGAGGAAGGUAAUUGGGAUCAUGUAGGCGAGGGCGCUGGUAUAGGAAAGAACCUGAAUAUUCCAUGGAAAUCCCAAGGCAUGGGCGAUGGAGAUUACAUGUUUGCAUUUCAGCAAGUUAUUAUGCCCAUUGCAAUCGAGUUUGACCCAGAUUUAGUGAUUGUGGCUGCUGGGUUUGAUGCAGCAGCUGGCGAUGAGCUGGGAGGGUGUUUUGUUACUCCAGCCUGCUAUGCGCACAUGACACAUAUGCUCAUGACGCUGGCUAAUGGAAAAGUUGCCGUGUGCCUUGAGGGUGGCUAUAACUUUCGCUCAAUUUCCAAAUCAGCUCUUGCCGUCACAAAGACUUUGAUGGGAGAACCUCCUGCCAGGCUCACAGCCACCACAGCGUCAAUCUCAGCAGUGCAGGUGGCGCAAACGGUCAUGGCUGCACAGUCUAAAUACUGGCGGUGCAUGUAUCCCAAGGCCCCGCCAGCGCAAGAGGGGCUUUUUACUGACAGAUUCCAUGAUGUCAUCCGCCAGUACCAAGCCAAGCAGCUAUAUGACAACUACAAACUCACAAGCCUGUGGAUCUACCGCGCGACAAUCUCCAAGUCCUUUGAGAACCAAGUCUUGGCUAGUGCAAACUACGACAGGGCUGUCCCUUUGAUCGUCAUCUUCCACGACCCACCUGAGAUGAUGGGUAUACACCAUCCUAUUACAAACAAACUCGAGCCUCACAAUUGCUGGAUGGCGGAUGCUGUCAAAGAGUAUAUUGCAUGGGCGACCCAGAAGAACUAUGCCGUCAUCGACGUGAACAUUCCAAAACACCUGAGUGAAAACGGGGACGCGGGCAAGUUUGAAGAAGAGGACGCAGACCGUCCCACCCAGACCGAAGAACUGGCCGGGUACUUGUGGGAUAAUUACAUUGAUGAAUCGACUCACAUAUUCUUUAUGGGAGUGGGCGACGCGUUCUUCGGGGUGGCUAAUCUUCUCAUCAACCGAGACAGCAUAUACCAGCGCGUCAACAGCGUAGUGUCAUUUGUUUCUGAAAACCCCGUGCGAGCCGUGGCGUCACCGACUCAGACAUGGCUAUCCAGGUGGUACAAAGACAACUCUCUCGUCUUUGUCUCGUACACCCACGGACUCUGGCACAACGAAGGCCGACGCAAACCAUCCAAGCGAUACGGGCGCCUGCUCGAGUCUCCCAAAGUCGGGCUCAAUGAAAUGCUGCUGCACCACAAGAUGGAAGUGGCCGAGUGGAUCGACACGCGGAUCAGCAUGCACAUCAGCAGCAGCAGCGAGGAGCCCGAGGAUAACGACGAUGCUGGGAUGAAGAAGGAGUAG